UGUUAUGGUUUAGUUCUUAAUCUAUUGUUUGGUUAUUGCUUAAUCGUUUCGUAAAUAUUUCCUUUUCUUAUAACGACGUACGUUUCUUAAAUGCGAUUAAUAAAGUGCUUUAUGCGUUGUUGCAGUCAUGACGGAAAGUGCGUUUAGGGCCCGCGAUAUCGGCCUAAGGGCUCAAAAGAAAAUUCUUUCGAGGAUGGCAGGAAAAAAUGUCGCAAGGGCUUUUAUCGAUGACACAACGGCGUCUUUGUUGGAUAAUUUAUAUCGUUUGGCUAAGCAAUACUCAAAUAAUAAAAAAGAAGCCGAAAAGUUAGUAAAAAACAUAAUAAAAGUAGUAAUAAAAUUAGGAGUUCUCCACCGUAACGGUCUUUUCACCGCCGAAGAAUUAAAACAAGCGGAACGUUUUAAAUCAAAGUUUCGAAUCGCUGGAAUGGCAAUUAUAUCCUUUUACGAAGUCGAUUUUAGUUACGACCGUAACUAUUUGACGAACGCCCUCGGGGAAUCACACAAGUGCCUCAGGUUCAUUGUUUCGAACCACUUAACGGAAAAAUCUUUAGCGAGAAUCGACAGCGUCUUUAAUUAUUUCGGCAACGAACACUUUUUGGAUUCGAUUUUUAAGCCGGACGGCGAAUACAGGGAUAUUUUAGGUCGGGUCGUUACCGAUUUGAAUAAAGCCAUCGAAAGCGGAGAUCUUUAGUGAUUCAAUUAAAUAUUAAAAAGCGACCAAAAAAUUCUUCAAAAAUGUUAAUAUCAAAGGAAAGAAUGUUUCGUAUUUUUUUCUCUAUCACAUAUCUUCUUACGUAGGUUUGUCUUUAGAUAAAAGACCAAGAAUCGAAAUUGAUGAAGGUAUUUUUACACUAAAAAAUGAAUCAUAUCACGAGCAUAACAUUUUUUUUCUAAUACUUAGAAUAGUUUUUACAUCCACGCAUUGAAAUAAAUAAUGUCACCGUUCUUAGACAAUAAAUGCUAAAAAAAAUCUGUCCCCCGUUUUACUAUUAAAUAAUAAUAAAAACAGAAAGUGUUAAAAUAAAAGGCUUUUGCCAAAGAGUUUUAUUUAAUCGAAAUAUUCUUGCGUUUUUUUGUAAAAUAAUUAAUUUAUUAAAUUUUCUGUGAUUUCCUUUUGUUUGAUUUAAGUUUAAUUUAAUUAAAUUAUCUUAUUAUGUAUUAAGGUUAAUAAUAAUUAAUAGUUAAGAAGUUAAUCGAUAUUGAAACGAAUUUAGCCGUGAAAAACCUAGUCAAGUGAAACGGCAAAUAAAUAUAAAACGUAAUUUAAUUGUAUGUAAAAAAAGCAUUUUUUUGU